AUGAAGAAAGGGAAUGGGCAAGAAACAGAGCCACCAGAGCCACAAAGUGCCCCUGCAAUUUUAAGUGGACCCUCGAGUACAGAUUUAGCUUCCGCGCGGGGGACAAAUAGAUCUCAAUCAACGCCGGUCGGAGAUCCCCAACUCGGUAAUGCAAAAAUUGCAAUUCCCCGUCAGAAUCAGGACACAACCCCACGAUACAGUCGAAGGGUACCACGAGCUUGUGAGGCUUGCCGACGCCGGAAAUCGAAAUGCAGUGGUGAUACACCCCUUUGCCGACAAUGCCGAGAGCUAGGGCUCAUUUGUUAUUACCCAGUGGGAUGGAGGGAAAAAAUGACAAGGGAGGUUCAAAGGCUCUCAGCAGCAGUGCAAGAAUAUGAAAGCUUGCUGCACGACUUACGGAAUGCGACAGAGUCUCGCACCAGUGGCUGGGUUAAGGCCCUCUUGGAUAAACAUGGCCAAAAUACGACUGCCCCCUUUGAACACCCGCAGUCUCUUUUAUCGGCAUCACAGAACACGGUCGAAUCCGACAAACCAUCUUCACCACUGUCCAUCGGGUCACUGGAAGCUAUCGAUAGAGUGGACGAGGACCUGAACCGCACGAACCGUACCCGCGCAACUGGCUUCAUUGGAAAAACAUCAGAAAUCUCAUGGAUGAAAAGGCUCCAGAAGGAAAUCAAUAGAUGCUCUCGAAACAAAAAGGAUAUCUCGGGUCCCGCCCAAGGCAAAAAGGAAGAGACAAAGGAUCGAGUCUCUCUCCAUACCAUGAACUACCGCCUCGACGACCUCGAUAUUUGUGUGCCGGAGCCGAUACAACUUUAUACCCUACCAUCAAAACCGCUCGCCGACCAGCUCAUUGAUGACUACCUAGAAACCGUUCACCCGUUCUUUCCUAUCAUCAGCAAGUCAGUAUUUCGCCUUCAGUACGAAACUUUAUUCGACAACUCAACCCGGCCGAGUGAUAAAUGGCUUGCUAUUUUGAAUAUUAUAUUCGCAAUAUCAGCCAGACAUGCACAUCUUAUCCGAGCACCAUGGCGGGGCGAUGAAAAUGAUCACUUGGUGUACCUGACCCGGGGUCGACGGUUGAGUAUGAAUGGCGAAAUUUUGUUCAGCCACCCUGAUCUACAGCAAGUUCAAGUGGAAGGCUUGAUUGCUUUCUACCUAGCUGCAUCUGAUCAGAUUAAUCGAGCGUGGAGGAUACAAGCUUUGGCACUGCGUUCGGCAAUCACCCUCGGCAUCAAUCUCAAAGCCGAAAAUCCCAAAAAUUCCAGCAUUUCAAAAGAAACACGUUAUAGAGUUUGGUGGUCCUUAUACACUUUCGAGCAUUUGUUGGGCGUUAUGACCGGUCGGGCGAUUUAUACCCUCGAAGGCGGUUACUCUACCCCUUUACCACUACCAUUUGAAGAGCACCAACUACAAGAUGACCCAAUCGCUAUCGAGUUACUCAAUGACCCUGCAUUGAGAGAUGAACGGAUCGGUGAGGUGAUGGCGAGCUCAUGGAUCAGUGCCCCAGAUGACACCCAGACCCCUCCGCCACGGGAUCAAACAUGGUUGAAAGGAUUGCCGGCAAACACGGGUCUAUGCUAUCUCUACUACUGUGAUUUGGCAGUAGUCACACAGGAGAUUGUGAACAAGGUCUAUUCGACAAAUGCCGUGACGCUUGUGUGGUCAGAGAUUGAAAGUCGACUCGAUGAACUCAAGGCUCGAAUCGAACUCUGGAAAUCGAGUCUGCCAGCGGCGUUCGACUUUGGGAAAGAACCGACUGAUGACAGUCAUGAGCAGCUUCGAUGUAGAUUGGUUCUGGCCUUUCAUUACUAUAGUGCGCGGAUGAUCCUUGGCCGUCCCUGCUUCUGUCGGCGGGAUGCACGCCAGAGGAAUUCACCUUGGACUUACAGUUGUUCGAUGGCCAUUUUCACCCUUGAGUCGGCUACCUGCAUGCUCGAUCUUAUUCCGGAUGACCCAAAUGUCUUCCAGCUUUAUCACUUAUGCCCGUGGUGGGGUGUGCUACGCUAUCUCAUGCAGGCAGCGACCAUCAUUCUCCUCGAGCUUUCAUUUGGCUGUGUCCACGUACCGGGAAAAGAAGAGAAUCUUGUGGGUCUAUCGAAAAAGUCUAUUCGUUGGCUCUUUGCAAUGUCCGAUCGCAGUGUUGGCUCGCGUCGGGCAUGGCAACUCUGCGACUCCAGCUUCCGGAACCUGGCAAACAAAAUGAACUAUAACACCGAUGAUAUACCUUCGCCAUCGUCUCAACCAGGUAAUCCUCCGACCGAGGCGAUGUCUGAAACUCACUCUGGAUCUGAUCAAGUUGCUUCAUUUGCACCCAGCGACUAUCAUGACCCCCGUUCUGAAGACUUGAUGGAUACCUUUCGACCCAUACCGGAAGCUGGGUUCUACACGACGUACCUCAAUUUCCCGACCCCUGAUUUGACGACUUCAUUGCAACUUUCAUCCGAAACAGAUGCUUCAUAUUUCCCUUACGAUUCCCUCAGCGAAGAACUUAUGCGAUCUUUCUUGCCUUCCUUCGACGGGGACAGUGGGGAACAAUGCUGA